AUGCAUUUACGAAUGUUCGAGCUGGCAAGAGAUGCACUGAAUUCAGAAGGCUUUUGUGUCAUUGGAGGUUAUAUGUCACCUGUUAAUGAUGCAUACAAUAAGAAGGGCCUUAUAUCUGCUGAACAUCGUAUACAGUUGUGCCAUCUAGCCUGCCAGAGUUCAGAAUUUAUAAUGGUUGAUCCUUGGGAGGCAAGACAAAGUAGCUUCCAACGCAUUUUAACUGUUCUGUCUAGAGUCAAGGAUUUCUUGGCUGGGCUGAUACCCAGUGAAUCUCUUAAGUGCAUGCUUGUGUGUGGCUCUGAUCUACUCCACUCUUUUGGCAUUCCUGGAGUUUGGAUUGCUGAACAGGUCAGAGGCAUAUGCAGAGAUUAUGGUGUGGUUUGCAUUCGCAGGGAGGGACAAGAUGUUGAUAAAAUUAUCUCAAAUGAUGAAAUUUUGAAAGAGAACAGGGGCAACAUAAGAAUCGUGGAUGAACUUGUACCGAACCAAAUAAGUUCUACAAGAAUAAGGGAUUGCAUUUCAAGAGGAUUGUCGAUAAAAUAUCUGACUGCAGAUGAAGUAAUUGAUUACAUCAGAGAACAUCAUCUCUACUUGAACUCAAAUGACAUGUGA